GCUGUGCAAAGAUUUGAAAGAAGAAUCUCCAAUCUGCAACCAGCUCUUGUGUUUAAACUGAGUGGAUCCCACAAGUGUAGAAACUGGAGGCCUUCAGGACAGAGCCGUCAAAAGACGUAAUGAGCUUGCUGUGCCUCAUCUUUGCCCUGAGCCUUUUAGGGGUUCAUGGCUUGGGAGACCCGGGUCCUUUGGAGGAUGUGGUGAUUGACAGAUACUUCAUCCCGAAAGUUUGCUUGCGAGAAGUCCAGAUGGGCGACUUCGUCCGUUACCAUUACAACGGGACCUUUCAGGAUGGCACCAAGUUUGACUCCAGCUAUGACCGAGGUGCUACUGUGGCAGGCGUGGCAGGAGUGGGACGGCUCAUCACUGGCAUGGACAGAGGCCUCCAGGGCAUGUGUGUGAAUGAAAGGAGGCACCUCAUUGUGCCCCCUCAUCUUGGCUAUGGCAGCAUUGGUGUCGCUGGUCUGAUUCCCCCAGACACCACCCUCUAUUUUGAUGUCAUUAUGCUUGACAUUUGGAACAAGGAAGACAAGCUGCAGAUCACCACCCUAUACAAGCCGCAGCGUUGCAACCGUACUGUGGAGAAUUCAGACUUUGUGCGUUACCACUAUAAUGGCACCCUUCUGGACGGCACCCCUUUUGACUCCAGCUAUGGAAAAGACAGUACUUACGAUACUUAUGUGGGUUCGGGCUGGCUGAUCAAAGGCAUGGACCAGGGCCUUGUAGGCAUGUGUGCUGGAGAAAAGCGGAGAAUAGUUAUCCCUCCCUUCUUGGCUUAUGGAGAGAAAGGCUAUGGAACUGUCAUCCCCCCUCAAGCCUCUUUGGUUUUUGAUGUCUUUCUGGUGGAUUUACACAACCCCAAAGAUGGCAUCUUCCUGGAACAUUUGGAAGUGCCUGAGUCAUGCAAACGCAAGGCUGUGACCGGGGAUUUUGUACGCUACCAUUAUAAUGGCACCUUGAUGGAUGGGACCCUCUUUGAUUCCAGUUACUCACGGAAUCACACUUAUGAUACUUAUAUUGGAAAAGGCUACAUUAUCCCAGGAAUGGACCAAGGGCUUCAGGGGGUCUGCAUUGGUGAAAAGAGAAGAAUCAUCAUCCCGCCCCAUUUGGCAUAUGGAGAAAAUGGGGCAGGGGACAAGAUCCCAGGCUCAGCUGUCCUCAUCUUUGAUGUCCAUGUCAUCGAUUUCCACAACCCCACAGACGCUGUGGAGAUAGAGACAGUCUACCGGUCUGCAGACUGUAACGUCACUACCCAAAACAGAGACUUUGUCCGCUAUCAUUACAACUGCUCUCUGCUGGAUGGCACCAGGCUCUUCUCCUCCUAUGACUAUGAACACCCUCAAGAAACCACACUGGGUACCGACAAGAUAAUCGAAGGCCUCAGCAACGGUCUCCUCAACAUGUGUGUGGGAGAGAAACGGAUUGUCAUCGUCCCUCCGCAUUUGGGACAUGGCGAAAAUGGUGCUCGAGGUGUACCUGGCAGUGCUGUUCUUCGCUUUGAGAUAGAACUUCUGCACCUUGAGGCAGGUGUUCCAGAAGGUUACCUGUUCAUCUGGCAUAGCGAACCACCUGAGAACUUGUUUGAAGCAAUGGAUCUCAACAAGGAUGAUGAAGUUCCACCAGAAGAGUUCUCGAUGUUCAUCCAGUCCCAGAUGGCAGAGGGCAAAGGUCAUCUCAUGCCAGGUGUUGAGCCAGAAAAAGUAAUCUCUGACAUGUUCCAAAACCAAGAUAGGAACAAGGAUGGGAAAAUUACAGCGGAAGAACUGAAGUUGAAGUCAGAUGAGGAUCAAGCUCCAGCCCAUGAAGAACUUUAAAAGGGAAAACUUUGGGGUUCAGCUUUUUUUAAAAAAGCACUCAAUUUUUCCUGCCUUUGUUGGUCAGGUUGUUUCCAUGAGGAAAGGUGGCUAUUUGUACUCCUUUCACAUUUUUUUUUGAGAACUGUUUAAUUGAGAUCUAGUUUGAACAAACCAAAACCAGGGAGAUUACAGAACAGUGGAAGAUUUCUGGAUCCACUACCUAUAUCUGCAACCCCCAAUCAAAGCCUGAAGUACCUAUUUACAUCCGAUUGUCCUAAAUGGUGAUGUCGGCUGAUUUCUUGUUGUGCCAGAUCCAGGUAUCAUGUCUGGGGGUGCUGCCUGUGUACUCUUGAUCCAAUCAGCGAAGCAUGAAUUCUGCAGUGGGGCAUCCCAAACUGGGUGAUUGGAGACUAGAUGUGCCAUUUCAGUAAGCUUUGCUUUGCUUAUUCCGCUUCUGGGUUAGGAAAGAAUGGAGGAUUAUGUACAGAGGGCAAGAACUCAAAGAAUGGAAGGAACACAAUACUCAGGUGGCAUUGCUAUUCUGCAACUAUCUCCUCCCCCACUCCCCCCAGGCAGAAUUCUGUGCCUUUUUGUUUCUCAGGCAGUUAGUUGUAAAAAGGCACCAGAGCCUUGGCUGGCAAAAAAAGCAAUUUUUGGUUGGUUGUUAAGGUGUGUGUGUGUGGUGAUGGGUGGGGGAGCAGACUAUAGCAGCCAUCAGAGAAGGCUGCAGAGUUUUGUUAGUCAACAAUACCUCUCUGCUGCCAUUGAAAUUCUGGACAGCGAUCUCCUUACUUCAAGAAUUCCAAUUGACACUGCCUGCUGGAUUUUUUUGACAGCCUAUUUUUUAAAAAUGAAAAAUACUUCUAAAUACCCAAUUCUAUACAGGCUGCAAUCUGGAGUCAGGCUCCUCUUCUUUUAUUUCUUUUUAAACAAGCAGUCUUUGGGAUUUGCAUCCAUCUCUUUGAUAAUGGUUUUUCAUUCCUCUUAUGAGAGAUUGCUGUACAGAUUAUUUUUGUAUUUUGAGGAAUCUCCAUUUUAAACUUUAAAAAAAAACCUCUGCAAAACAAGUUUUUAGUCCUCUUGUUGAAGUCAGAAUUUGGAAAUUCUUUGAAGAGGGAGCCAAAUGAGCAUGAAGAUUAGGGCCACUGCUUGGGUACUACUGGAGCCCUCCCAAAAGUAGUGCCAGUUUAACUGGAGAGAUAAUUCGGGAAGUAAACACACACAGUUCUGAGAAGUUGGUGCUUUUGGCUUAUUACCUAUAAGAUGUUGAGUGGGAAUAGACUGGUCAGGCCACUUCUGUGGCGAGAGCCCUUUCCUCGUGUCACUUUCAAACAAAAUCAUGUAGGAGAGCAUGAGGGAAACCACAGCAGCCAUUUUGGUCAGUGCUUGUUGCCAUCUUAGUAGUUGUCUACAUACCACAGUGCUGCUUCACCACUGGCAGCUGGGAUGAAGCCAGCGGUAUCCUGCUGCUGCCUCCUAAAACGUCUUUGCUACGCUAAAGGCAGGGCCAGGCCAGUGAGGGUGAAACCACUGCAGUCUGAAUGAAGCCUACUUGGGCUGUACCGCUUGAGACAGAGCCUCACUUCCUCUCGUCUUAACUAUUGCAGGCUACCCCAGCUGUAGAAAGUGUUGCUACUGUUGUGCUGAACAGAUAGGAAGGGGCAACUGCGCUUGGGUUAGCCAGGAAAAUGGUUCCCCCGGUUGAAAAAGAAGCAGCAAAAGGUGUCGUAAAUGGGUCAACUUUUUUGCUGACAGGGCUCCUAUGCCCUUAAUAGUUUGAGGGCAAGCAGAAAGCCAGCCAGUCAAGCUUUUCCCAUGUACACAUCAGAAGCAUGGCUUGCUGAAGGCUUGCUUGCCACAAAGCAGCUGAGAAAACAGCAAUUCUGCUGGAGAAGAAGCUGGUGAUCUUCCUGAGUGGGCACAUACAGCUGUGCAGUUCCUCCAUCUGUAUUCCGAUACAUGAACUUAUUUAGACCCACCUCCACCCUGCCUUUGGCAGGUCAUCUCUAUAGUUCAACCCACCCACUUCACCAGCUGGUGUAAUAUUUUACAUCAUAUUUGUGCUUCACACUUAACUUUAUCGUAACUUCCAUUCACCCAAAGAACCGUUGGGAAUAUAGUCUUGUGAGAAAAUACGCUAUCUUAAAAUAAUUGUCAGUACUCUCACAAUCCUAUAUUUCCCAGAAUUGAGAGGGGGGGGGAGGGAUGCAUGAAAGUGAAAGAGAUUUAAAAGCCAUUAAGUUUACAUUUGUGAAAACAGAUUAAGUGCUUUUGGAUAGUUCUUUGAAUCAGUAUUCAGAAAUCCUUGUUAAAAACAUCCCAAUUUUCAAACCCACGAGUGUUUCAAAUACACCUCCUUUUUAAAAUAAAUGUUGCCUUUAUGGGGGGGACUGGAUUAAAACAAAGCAGGCAGGCAGUCAAGUAAAGAAAUACGGAUAACAAAUUUUUCAAAAUAGGAAAUCUUUAUUGUCUUUAUUCAUCUUUUGAAUAAAACAAUUUAACUUGUUUGGAUUCCAAGACAACCUCCCCCCCCCAGUAUAUUUUAAAAUUUGCUUUUGAAAACAAAUUGUGUUUUGUGAAACCAAAAUGCAGUGCAAAAGAAAUCUUGUAAUUUUUUGAGAAUGAAUCUUUUAACAUUA